CUCUCUUAGUCAUCCGCAUUGACCUUCAUUCGUAAAGCCGCGUGACUGUGAAACCAGACAGGUUACGAGUUGCUUUUCCAAACUUCAGCCCAUUCCUUGAUAUCUGUUUCAUCUCACUGUCCACGUCCCCUUUUUGGCACUUCAAGGUCGCUUGUCGGGGCGCUGACCGCCGGAAGCCUCGUAAUUGCUCCUCAGAGUCACUGAAAUCUAUCGUUUCCAGCAGUACCAGCCGUCAAAGCUGGCACAACUGAAACAUGCUUGUCGAGGGCAGUACCCUUCAAAUCGAGGACUAUGGCCUCAUCGGCGAUAUGAGGACUUGUGCACUUGUUGGCAAGAAUGGCAGUAUUGAUUUCAUGUGCUGGCCACAAUUUGACGCGCCAUCAAUCUUUGGCAGACUUCUGGAUACUAGCAAGGGCGGCGGAGGCCACUGGAGCAUCGGUCCUCGGAACAGCACUGUCUGCAAGCAAAAUUACAGAUCUUCCACGAACAUCCUACAGACCAAAUGGAUUGAUGAGGAAGGCGUGGUUGAUUUGACCGACUUCUUCGCAUUAUCAAAAUAUAACAAGCUCCUCCGUGAGAAAUGGAGCGGCUCAACACUGGUACGAAAGCUCGAAUGUGUUCGCGGCCACAUGUCAAUCGACAUCGAGCUCCGGCCACGCCCUGGUUACGCCUCAAAUACAGGCUUCAUGCACGGCUCAGAGGUGAAGACCGAAGAUGGCACGUACCAUCAAUCACUUACCUGGAUCCCUGAGGAUGACGAUGGAUCAACGGACGUCCCCGAAUUCUACGUGGCAUAUUGCACGCACGACCGCCCUCUUAGCGAGACGCCAUUAAUGUUCCAACCAGCGACAAACCACAAAGGGGUAGAAGACAAACUCCGUGCCACAUUCGACAUUCAAGAAGGCCAACAAAUCUACAUGAUAAUGUGCAACAAGCACGUCACACCGCACCUGACCCACGAUCUCAUCGCGGGGCUCGAACAAGAUACCUACAAAUUCUGGACCAGCUGGAUCCAACCUUGCUCAUAUCGUGGCCGCUUCCAACAAGAGGUCGAGCGCAGCAUGUUGAUCCUCAAACUUCUCACCUACGAUCCCACUGGUGCCAUAGUAGCCGCGCCAACCUUCUCUCUUCCUGAAGCCAUCGGUGGGCCCCGUAAUUGGGACUACCGCUAUUCCUGGAUUCGCGACUCUAGCUUUACAAUUUAUGUCUUUCUGAAAAUGGGCUUCCCGGCCGAAGCCGAAGCAUACAUCAAUUUCAUCUUCGCGCGCAUUGCUGAGUGGCGUAGACAAACCGAAUCCUCCUCCACAACGCACCACUUACCUCUGAUGUUUAGCAUCGACGGCUCGACAUCUCUACCCGAAAUUACCCUCGAUCAUCUGUCCGGGUACAAAGACAGUCUGCCCGUGCGCAUCGGCAACGCCGCGACCGACCACGUGCAACUCGACAUCUAUGGCGAACUCAUGGACAGCAUCUACUUGUACAACAAGCACGGUAAACCCGUCUCGUACGCCCAGUGGCUUGACAUCCGCUAUUUGACCGACUUCGUCUGCGACAUCUGGGACGAGCCGGACAUGUCGAUCUGGGAAGUCCGCGGUAAGAAGCAGCACUUCACAUACUCCAAAAUGCUGCUGUGGGUUGCAGUAGACCGAGGCCUCAGGCUAGUGGAUAAGCGCAACUUUCCAUGUCCCAAUCGCAACAAGUGGCUGCAUACCCGCGAUCAAAUCUUCGAACAGGUUAUGGAGAGGGGUUUCAACUACGACUUGAAUUGCUUCGUCCAGAGCUACGAAGCACACACGACCCUCGACUCUGCCGUUUUGAUAGCGCCCCUGGUGUUCUUCAUGUCUCCUAAUGAUCCGCAGUUCGUUGGGACGCUGGACCGCAUCCUCCGCACACCUGAGAAAGGAGGCCUCACGUCUGCGGGCUUCGUGUUUAGGUAUGAUCACGAGAAGUCUGAUGAUGGCGUCGGAGGUCGUGAAGGCACAUUCGUCAUGUGUACGCUAUGGCUCGUCGAAGCGCUCGUCCGCGCGGGCAAGUACGACAAAAAAUAUCUCGAAAUCGCCAAGGGCAUGUUUGAAACAGUCACAAAUUUCCGAAACCAUGUCGGCAUGUUAAGUGAGGAGUUUGCGAUCAGUGGUGAGCAGCUGGGAAAUACGCCACAGGCGUUUAGUCAUUUGGCGUUUGUCAGUGCGGCCAUCAACUUGGAGCGCGUCAAGAAUGGAGAUUGAGACUGCAUGAUGAGAACAUAGGGACGCAACUCUGACAAACCCUUUCCUCUCCUAAAAAAUCCCUAGUAAUGAUGUGUAGUCUUUGAGCCGAAGCCGGUAACGAUUAGAUUAGAUCUGAUGAAGAG